CUUUUCAUUUGUAGACUUCCGUAUUUUACUAACUAUUAGGGGCUGGAAACUACCUGGAAAAAACCUGCUUCCAAUCAGUAACUUUGGAAGUUCCCCCUAACCACAAAAAAAAAAAAAAAAACCUCUUUGGAAGUUCCCCUUGGGAUUUUCAACAAGACACUCUUCAAUCCGGCUUUGACAUUGAAACUUUUGUCAAAGCCGUAAUCUCUUCCAACUGCUAAUCACUAAAUCUCAACGUACAUACAUACAUUGUAUCAAUAUAUUGAUUAAAAAUCUUCAUAUAGGCAAAGCCAAAACCACGUUGUUUUAUAUAUAGCUUUCCAUCUCUCGCACCAUUUCUUGUUUCGUCUCAGCCAUGUCUGGAGGGUGUGCCUGCUGCUUCUGCCUGCUCUGCAACACUUUCCUCUGCUUCACCCUAGCCUUCUUCACGUUCUGCUACAUCUUGACUUCUGAUGAGCCCAAAUUCAGUAUCACCGAUGCCUCUCUGACCCAAUUCAAUUUUACCAACACCGACAACAGCACUCUCCACUACAACCUUGCACUCAACAUCACCAUCAGAAACUCGAACAAGAUGGUUGGCAUAUACUAUCGUCGCAUUCAAGUAAUUGCUAACUAUAGACAGAAGACGUUUGCUAUGGUGAAUUUAACUUCCGCACCAUUUUACCAAGGCCAUAAGAACACGACCACUUUGCAUGCAGUUUUUGAAGGGCAGCAGUUGGCGGUUUUCGGGGAAAGUAACAUUUCCCAAUUAAACUCGGACACUGCUGCCAGCAUUUACAGUAUUGAUCUGCAGCUUGCUCUUCAGGUAAGAGCCAGGUACUUUAGUUUCAAGACGGCCGAAUACUCGUCUAGCAAGAUCGAUUGCAAACUGCAGGUUCCUUUGAGUCUUAAUGAAACAUCCCCAAGUGGUUUCAAUGUAACAAUGUGCGGGAAUGUUCAUAUCUUGACAGAUCGUGGGGACUAACCAUAGAUUUGACAUUUAUAGUACUGUAAUAGGACCCUUUUUAACAUACUCUUCCAUAUAUAUAUAUACACACAAACUAAUUCAAGACUU